CAGCAGGAGCAGGCAGAUGACUCUUAGAGCAGAGUUCUUUCUAUUGCUCCGCACAUUCAGAGGAGAGGGAGAGCAGCCUAUGACCUCCACACUCAGCCAUGAGUAGCAUCGGAUACGACCCCUACUACUCCGCCUCGCCGUACAGGCGCUGGUUUGUAGAAGCGACCCCUCGGGUGUCGGUGACCAGGGGGAGAACCCACUCCGUCUACUCCUCCCAUGCAUCCCCGCUGUCCUCAUCCCGUCUGCGGUACUCCUCUCCCAGCAGGGUGCUGCUCUCCUCCUCCUCCUCCUCGCCGGCCUCUUCCCUGGAGCUGGAGCUCAGCCAGGCAGCUCAGAUCAGCUCGGAAUUCCGGGUGGUGCGCACCCAGGAGCGCACCCAGCUGCAGGACCUCAAUGACCGCUUCGCUGGCUUCAUUGAGAGAGUGCGUGAGCUGGAGCAGCAGAACCGAGCCCUGGAGGCGGAGCUGCUGCUGCUGAGGCAGAGGCACACAGAGCCGUCCCGCCUGCGAGCACUCUACGAGCAAGAAGCCCGCUCCCUGAGAGCUGCGGUGGACGAGGCCAGAGCAGAACAGCAGGUUCUCCUCAGCCAGAGGGACCGGCUGGAGCAAACCCUGAGUGCCCUGCAGGCCCGAUAUGAGGAGGAAGUCCUGGCUCGUGAAGAAGCUGAGGGCAGGCUGAUGGAGGUCCGCCGUGAAGCUGACCAGGUCGCCUUAGCUAAAGCUGAGUUGGAGAAGAGCGUGGAAAGUCUGCUUGAAGAGCUCGCAUUCCUCAAGAGGAUCCAUGAAAGUGAGCUCCUGGAGCUUCAAGCCCAAGUCCAGCUGGGCGUCCAGGUGGCUGUAGAGUCUCAAGCCGCCACACCGGAUCUCUCCGGGGCUCUUCGGGACAUCCGGUCCCAGUACGAGCGACUGGCAGCAAAGAACAUGCAGGCUGCAGAGGAGUGGUUCCGAGGGAAGGUGGGCUCACUGACUGAAACGGUGGCUCAGCACACCGACGCAGUGAGGAGCUCCAAGGACGAAGCGGGAGAGUACCGCCGACAGCUGCAGGCGCGUCUCUUAGAGAUCGACGCAUGCAGAGGCAUCAACGAGUCCCUGGAGAAACAGCUGCAUGAGAUAGAAGAGAAGCAGAGUGCUGAGAUCGCCGCCAUGCAGGACGCCAUUGCUGAUUUGGAGAGCGAGCUGAGGGGCACGAAACAGGAGAUGGCGCGAUACCUGAAGGAGUACCAAGACCUGCUCAACGUCAAGAUGGCGCUAGACAUUGAGAUUGCAGCGUACAGGAAACUACUGGAAGGGGAGGAGUCUCGUUUCAGUGUGGGAGGGGCCGGCGGAGUGUCUCCUCUGUACAGUCACAGUGUGCAGGCGUCCUCCUUCGCUCGGCCCGUCCUCUCCAGCAUCAGCUCCGGCACCUCCUACUUCAUGACAUCACGUCUGCUGAGCUCCAGCAUCAGCACCACGGACGGCAUCAUCUCUGUGAGCCACGCCCACAAAGCAGAGGCCAGGCUCCCCGGGGACGAGGAGGAGGAAGAGGGAGCAGAGGAAGAGGAAGAUAAACAUGAAGAGGGUGGCGAUGAGGAGGAGGAAAAGGAGGAAGUGACGGGUGGAGACGAGGAGGAGAAAAGUGACGAGGGCGAGGAGGAGGAGGUCAAAGAAGAAGCACAAGAGGAGGAAAAAGCCGAAGGAGCUGAUGACACCAAAGGCGACAAGAAAGAGGAGAAGGAAGACGUGAAGGCGAGAGAAGAGAAGGACGAUAAAGCCGAAGACGAAGGAGACAAAUCCAAAGACAAAGAAGACAAAUCUGCUCCAGGAGCAGAUGACAAAGCUGAUGGCAAAGAGGAGAAAGAGGAGGGGAACGCUGCCAAAGGAGCAGCAGAGUUAAAGAGCAAAGAUGACGUGAAGAAGUGAUCAAUCAAGAACUCCACACAGACAAAUAUCCUCUUGUGCUUGUUAACACGGUGCUCAAUAAAAACAGUGUGUUUGCAGAAACAUCUCACAGUUAAAAGCUUGCCAAUGUCCACAGCAGAAAAUAAAAGUCUCGUUACUC